UCAUACCAUACCAGCAGCUCUUUUUUUGUUAAAAAAAAAAAAACAAAAAGAAAAAGACAAAAGACAAAAGACAAAAACGCGGAAGGAGAGGGAGAGAGAGUUUAUUCGGUCGGCCACCAAACACGCGAUUUCAAUUCCACUUUCUUCUUGUUCUUCGAGGAUUUGUUUGCGAUGGAUGACCACUUGGUAGUGCAUGUGGAGGAGGAUGGAAAGGCAGUGGUGACGGUGGUGGAGGAGGAAAGUAGUGAGCGUUCGAAUGAGGAUCAGCCGCUGAUAAGGGUGUCGGAAUGCCGGAUUUGCCAGGAGGAGGAUUCGGUCAAUAAUUUGGAGACGCCUUGUGCUUGUAGGGGCAGCUUAAAGUAUGCUCACCGAACGUGUGUUCAACACUGGUGCAAUGAGAAAGGAGACAUAAUUUGUGAGAUCUGUCAUAAGCCUUACCAAGCCGGUUAUACUGCUCCUCCACGCCCGCCUCCUCUUGAAGAGACUGCUAUCGACAUUGGUGGCGGAUGGACAAUAGCUGGCACCCCUCUGGAUUUGAAUGAUCCUCGGCUUUUGGCAGUUGCUGAUUCAGAGCGCCACCUUUUGGAGGGCGAGUAUGAUGACUAUGCUGCUACAAAUACCAGUGGAGCUGCUUUUUGCCGAUCAGCUGCUCUAAUUUUAAUGGCUCUUCUGCUCUUGAGACAUGCAUUGACUGUGACAGAUGCUGAUGGAGAUGAUGAUCCAUCUACCUUCUUCUCUCUUUUCUUGCUUCGGGCUGCUGGGUUUCUUUUACCCUGCUACAUCAUGGCCUGGGCCAUCAGUAUCUUGCAGCGUCGAAGACAGAGACAGGAGGCUGCAGCAAUGGCAGCAACACAAUUUGCAUUUGUGCUACAAUCAGGACAAACCAGGGGUCUCCAUUUCACAAUAGCAUCGGCAUCCCCAGUGACCCCACAACACCAAGAAACUGUUUAAUAUAAUAUGCGCAACUACAAACUAGUUGGUUAUUGUUGGCAUUUGAGGAGGGUAUUUUGACCUUUAUCUUCUCUAGUGUUGUUGAAAAGCCAGGAUUAUGACUUGCUGCUACCUUUUUAUUUUUGUUUUGGCUUUUGUGUAUUUUUUUUUUUUUUAAAUCUUUUUUCUGUAUUUACACGUGUAUACCAAUGUUGCAUCUCAGCAUGAGUUGGUAGGUGAAUCUGGUUCACAUCUGUUGUCCUGUAAAAACAUACACACCGAUCUAAACAUGUAUUUUAUAUUUUUAUAAAUAAAAUGACUCUGUAAUUGUUCUAUUUUUUA